AGCCUGGAGACUGGGACACCAUGGGACAGGACUGCAGUGCAUGUGUGACGUGUGCACACGUGUGUAGAUGUGUGUGCGCUGGUGCAGUGGGGGAGGAUGGGCUUGGCACCGGGAAGGUCGCCUGUUCAGCCAUGGGAGAAGAGGCUGCUUGUGGGGCUGGAUCGCAGGGACCCUGGAAAGCUUUCCUCCUGGUCCAAAGCGUGUCUCCCUAGCCUGGUGGGGAACAGAUUCGGCAGGAUGGGGACAGAGGCACAUUCCCAGACAACUGUGAGAGUGGCUGUCCUGAGAGAAGUCGUGUUGGGGAGUGGGUGUGAGCCCUGAAGAGGAGGAGGGCUGAGGCUGGCAGAAGGGAGGAAGAAGCAGGCGGAAGGAGCCUGUCAGAAGCCCCAUGAAGCUAGAUGGUGCUGCAGAGCAGCCCCCAGGAGGAAGCCAGCAGAGCUCCUAAAGCAGGGGGUGGGGGGUUGCUGAUUUUUCCAUGUCUACUUUUCUGGUAUUUCCUGCCCCUUGCAGUUAGGAUUCUGUGACCUGGGCAUUGGAGGGGUCAAUACCUUACCAAAAACAGUAUUUCUGAUUUCAUCUACAUUUCAGCCAACCUGGCCCUCAGCAGUUAACCCCUUCCCUUCCUCUUGAUGGUUGCCCUGCUGAGCUGGGCCUAAGGUCUCCCCCAGGCUGGGCUCUGGAGGCAUCUCCGACCACCCUGCUCUGUAAGUGGGAACUGCGACUAGAUGUGGGAUGAAUCCUCGCAUGGCCGGAUGCUGUGCUCAGAUGCCUGAGUCCACGUUUGCCUUGGGCUGUUUCCUGAGGAGGCGGAGGCUGCCUUUACAGUCUUCAGUGAAUUACAGGAAGAACGCUCUCUUUUUCUCUCAGUUGCUCAGCUGGGGCCUCCAGAGUGGCCUGGGAGAUUGAGCAGAGGGAAACGUGGGCUGGCAGAGCGCGAGGGAGGAACCAGUGGGAGCCUGUGUCAGGAAAGCAUGUCAGAGCAGAGCUGCCAGAUGUCCGAAUUGCGGCUCCUCCUCCUGGGGAAAUGCCGCUCGGGAAAAAGUGCCACAGGAAAUGCCAUUCUGGGCAAGGAUGUGUUCAAGUCCAAGUUCAGUGAUCAGAUAGUGACCAAAAUGUGCCAGAGAGAGAGUCAGGUCCUGAGAGAAAGGAAGGUUGUGGUCAUUGACACCCCUGACCUUUUCUCCUCAGUAGCUUGCGCUGAAGACAAGCAACGCAACAUCCAACGCUGCUUGGAGCUCUCUGCCCCCAGCCUCCAUGCUCUGCUCUUGGUAAUUGCCAUCGGCCAUUUCACAAGGGAGGAUGAGGAAACAGUCACGGGCAUCCAACAAGUGUUUGGAGCUGAAGCCAGGAGGCACAUCAUUAUUGUCUUCACCCGGAAGGAUGAUUUGGGGGAUGACUUGCUGCAAGAUUUCAUUGAAAACAACAAAUCUCUCAAGCAGUUGGUUCAAGACUAUGAGGGCCGAUACUGCAUUUUCAACAACAAGGCUGAUAGUAAGGAUGAGCGGAUCACCCAGGUGUCGGAACUCUUUUGUAAGGUUGAGUGUUUGGUGAAUAUGAACGGAGGACCCUAUCAUGUGAACUUCAAAACUGAAGGCAGCAGGUUUCAAGAUUGUGUAAAUGAAGCUGCAUCUCAAGAGGGAGACAAGCCACAUGGCCCAAGGGAGAGGCAGCUGCAGUCCAUAGGACCCAAGCAGAAUCUGGGGACAUCAGAACUGACAGUCCUCCUCGUGGGGAAACGCGGUGCUGGAAAAAGUGCAGCAGGAAACAGCAUUCUGGGGAGGCGGGCCUUUCAGACCGGAUUUAGUGAGCAGUCAGUAACCCAGGGCUUCUCGUCUGAGAGCAGAAGCUGGAGAAAAAAGAAAGUUUCGAUCAUUGAUACUCCGGACAUCUCAACUUUAAAGAACAUUGACUCAGAAGUUAGAAAACACAUCUGUACAGGCCCCCAUGCCUUCCUGCUGGUGACACCACUGGGCUUUUACACUAAGAAUGAUGAGGCAGUGCUGAACACCAUCCAAAACAGUUUUGGAGAAAAAUUCUUUGAGUACAUGAUCAUACUCUUUACCAGGAAAGAAGAUUUAGGGGAUCAGGAUCUAGAUACAGUCUUAAGAAGGAGCAGUGAAACUCCCCAUAGUCUCAUCCAGAAAUGUAAAAACAGAUACAUUGCCUUCAACUACCGGGCAACAGGAGAAGAAGAGCAAAGGCAGGUGGACGAGCUCCUGGAAAAAAUUGAGAGCAUGGUGCAUCAGAAUGGGAACAAGCAUUGUGUUUUCAGAGAAAAAGAAACCCUGAGCAUUGUCCUCGUGGGGAGAAGUGGGACUGGGAAGAGUGCGACCGGGAACUCUAUCCUCGGGAGCCUUGUCUUUACCUCUCAGCUCCGGGCCCAGCCGGUCACCAAGACCAGCCAGAGUGGCAGGAGGACCUGGGACGGACAGGAGGUGGUGGUUGUGGACACUCCUUCCUUCAACCAGAUGCUGAAAGUCGAAAAGGACCCAUCCCAGUUAGAAGAGGAGGUCAAGCGCUGUUUGUCCUGCUGUGAAAAAGGGGACACAUUUUUUGUCCUGGUGUUCCAGCUGGGACGAUUCACUGAAGAGGACAAAACAGCGGUGGCACAACUGGAGGCCAUCUUUGGAGCAGACUUUAUGAAAUACACGAUUGUGCUGUUCACCCGGAAGGAAGACCUAGGGACAGGGAAGUUGGAAGACUUCAUCGGGAACUCAGAUAACAAAGCCCUUAAGAACAUUAUUAAAAAGUGUGAGCGGCGUUAUUGUGCUUUUAACAACAAAGAAACUGGCCAGGCCCAGGAAACCCAGGUGAAAGCUCUUUUAACAAUGGUCAAUAACCUGAGAAAGAAAAGUGGGUGGUCCGGGUAUCCCCAUACACAGGAGAACGUCAGCAAACUAACCAAAAAUGUCCAGGAAAUGUCCCAAGCCAAAAAACUCCUUAAAAAUUUAAAAGAUAAGUUACCAUAGGUAGCCGAAGUGCCUGGGGUCUCUUCAGUUAGAGAUACCCUCAGGUUGGGGGGAGGGGCGGGGCAUGGUAUGACUUGUGGGAAGGGAAGAGGGUUCAUGGUUUUAAGGGCCUGAGAGGCAAAUGCAUCCCACCUUGUGAUGUAUCAGUUAUUUGUAGAUAAAUAAAUGGCAGGUGGGGGUGAACAGUAGGGGAUUAUAACAGAGAGAGAAGAUACAAGGUGGGGAAAUCUGGAAAAAGGUUUCAGACAUUAGGCUGAUAAUAAGAGGUAGAAUCAAGUCACAAGAAUCACCUCACCUGUGUAGGUAGGUUGGAAUCAGGAUAGACACUGUGAUCAAGGCUGAGGCCACCUGGGAUCAGAAUAUAGAUAGUUGUGCAGCAACCCAGGGGAUCCAGAUACAUGAGACCAGGGCAGCGUUCAGCACACUCCUGGGCAUGGCAGCAGUGGGAAGUAGACUCCAGAGGGCCUCUCUGUUGUCCAGGGCUGUUGGCUCCCUGAGCUCUCCUGUCUCCUUUGGGAUGCAACUCAGAGCUAGAGUGUUCCUUUCUUCACAUGGUAGCUAUUCCUUACUGCUCUUCAUAUUCCACGCCUAGGUGUGAAAUGGGACAUAGUCUCCUCUUGCUGGCUGUCCCUGAGGAAACAGACAUGAGUCAUGGAGGUUCUGAAUGAUUUUAUUGCUAAUUAUCACAGUGACAUAGACUAGAACAGAAAUUAGAAGCACAGUAAGAUUGCCAAAAUCAGAGAAUCUUGCAAAGUUCUAUAAUUCUAAGUGUUGUUCUAGAUUUCCUCUAGAGAAGGUUAAUUGGAAUCUCCAUUGCGUUUCUCUUUCUCCCUCUCUUUCUGCUGAGGUUAGGAAACAGGUUAAAACUCAGAGAACUCCAAUAAUAAUGGUUUAAAAACAGCAGGGGCUUCCUGUAUCUCAUGUCGGGAAGCCAAGGAGUAGGCAGUCUGGGUCUGUGGGUGUCAACAUCCCAGUUUUGUUCUAUCUUUCUGUCGCACCUGCACUGGGAUGUGGCUUCUACACUCAAGCUUGCUUCUUGGUUUCAAGACAGUGGUGUUCUGUCCAUGGCUGAGCAGAUUAUUUUGAGAGAUGGGCGAUAUGUGAAGAGAAAUCUGGAACCUUCUUCUGGGUAGAUAUAGGGUAAGAUGUUUUAAAUGUUGAGCACUUUGUACAUGGUUUGAGGGCAUAAUCUUUGUCAUCCAUUUUCUUCCCCUAGACAAUAUCAGGUUACUGUCAACAUUAAUCCAUUUAAAAGAGCAUGGGCUGUUGCCAUUAAUACUUUUGGAUUCCAUAUAACCCUUAACAUGAUAACUUCUAGAAAAUGUGUGUGCCAUGAACACAAAGAAGAGAACAGUAGACACCAGGGUUUACUUGAGGGUGGAGGGUGAGAGGAGAGUGAAGAUUGAAAAGCUGCCUAUUUGGUGUUUUGCUGGUUUCCUGGGUGACAAAAUUACCUGUACACCACACCUCUGUGACAUACAACUUACCCAUGUAACAAACCUGUGCAUGUACCCCUUGAACCUGAAAUAAAAGUUGGAAAGUAAAAAAAAAGUGUGUAAAUAUAUUUAGUUGAAUGAAAUAAUAAAGAUGAAUCAGAUUAUGAAUUCA